AUGGAGUUUCCACACCUGGGAAAACAUUGCUCAAUGAUGUCGUGCAAUCGGUUGGGUAAGUCGCAUUGUUCUGUGAGUGCUCGAUGCGUAGCUAACUUCUUUCUCUCCUCAGAUUUUCUACCGGUGAAAUGCGAUGCCUGUGGUAAGGUUUUUUGCAACGACCAUUAUUCCUAUGCUGCUCACGACUGUUCCGGAGCGUUGCAGCGCGACGUUCAAGUUCCAGUUUGUCCGCUUUGUGGAAUUGCAGUGCCUGUAAAACGUGGAGAGCAACCUGAUAUAAAAGUUGGGGAACACAUAGACAAUAACUGUAACUCCGAUGUGGCUCUCUCUCGAAAAAAGGUGUACGCCAAUAAAUGUUCAAUGAAAGGAUGCAAACGGAAAGAAAUGGUUCCGAUAUCCUGUCCGGAUUGUGGUCAAAACUUCUGCCUUUCCCAUCGCUUGGGAGCUGAUCACAAGUGCACUCGCGACCUUCGAGGACGUGAACCUUCAGCAUCUGCGUAUGUUGAAAAUUUUUGUUCGAGUCAAGAUAGCGAUCGUCGCGGCAAUGAGCGUUCUCGUAUUCGUUCUGAUCGUCCGUCGCGUCGUUCGUCAGCCGGAGAGUGUCCAGUCGUAGGGGCCGCAGCUGCGAUUUCCAGAGCGUCUCAGCCGGGUCGUUCUCAACCUAAGCCGACUGGAGCAAGGAAACCAGCUACUGAAAUGCGCUCGCGACCUGGAAAUCCUGUUGCAGCUAGCGCAGCACGGUUCGGAUCUUUGCAAGCCGAUAUGUCAGAAGACGAAGCCCUGGCUCGAGCAUUGCAGUUGUCCAUGCAACAGCCAACACCUGACGCCUUCGAAUAUUUGAGCAAUGACCAGCAGAUCAGCGAAGACGAGAUGUUAGCUAGAGCUUUAUCGGCCAGCGAACAAGACGCACGUCGCCGCGGAAUAUUGGCAAACGCUCCUGCGAAUAAUUCGAACAAGAACUGCACGUUGUCGUGAUUUGAAAAAAUAUGGUAUUCUGCAACGAGAAUUAUUCGAGAAGAAGGGAGAUCUGUGAUGCCGAAAGAGUUCCGUGAUUUUCAGAUAUAUUGUGCUGAGCGCGGAUGCAAAUGAUGUGAUGCGUCCAUUACUCGAGUAAAUCUUGUCAAUUCGUAUUUUCGAGUUAAUUCACUGUGUAGCUUCGAGUUUUUUCCCGCAAGUUUUGCCCACACCUGUUUGUGUCCGCGAUUUUUGGCGUUUGUUGGGAACAUUUGCUUUUUUGGGGUGUCGGAAAGUUUAAAAUAAGAGUCGAAUGCAUCCAUUCCGAGGAUAUUUGGGUGUUUUUUAUCAGCGGUGAAAACCACGUCAGACGAAUUUCAUGAUCGAGAUGGUAUGCUGAGAAUUUGUUUAAAUUUUGCAUUACUUAAAUUUUCCUCAUCCACGUAGAAAUGUUCGGGCUUGUGGCGUGCGUUUGAAUGAUUGUGGGCCAUCCCGCAGAAUGUGGAAAAGGUUGACCAAUGCACUAAAUUCUUCGUUUUUUUUCGCUGCAAUCGUGUAUAUGGCGAAAUGGAAAUUGUAUGACUGUCGGAAGAAAAGCUGAGAAACUGGCAAUGAUAACCUUAUUUGUCAUUCUGCGCGUCGCUGAACAAGGGUGAUGAAGGUGACUGAGUAAUACUGAAGAAAGAGGCAGAACCGGGUUGUGUUCUAC